AUGGCGCUGUUCAAGAGACUCUGCCAGUCAUCAGGCAGACCUUUUUAUCGUUAUUCUAGUACAUGCUGUCCAUCAACUACAACCAUUAAACCGAUAGAGGCGUCAGCCAACACAUUGAGACAUCUACAGUUUACUCCAAUUUUACCAUUUGAAGAUGGAUUACAAAUCCAAGAGAAGUUUGUUAAAGCGCAGCUGGAUAUUAAAGAUAUGCAAAGUAAAAUAAGAAAGAAACUGGAGGCAUUGAAAAAAGAAUAUGAGGGCUCUACCAUUAAUGAACAUGAACAGAAAAUUCUAGAUCAAAUAAUGGCAAUGAAGCCUAACCCUUUGUUACUUACUUUUGAGUUUCAACCAACUUAUACCGGUGGUAAAAGAAUAAAGAAGAGUAUUACGGAAGAGCAGAUAAAAAAGUAUGAAGAUUUUGUGCCUACCACCCAAAAAGGGAACCCCAGACCUAAAUACGUCCAAGUUGAAAGAGGUGGUCAAAUCACAUUUCAUGGACCUGGUCAAUUGGUUGCUUAUGUUAUAUUAGACUUACGUACUUUUGAAAAGUUUCCUGCAAAAUGCUUGGUGUCUUCCAUUGAGAAAGCUACAAUGAACACUUUAAAAAAUUUAGAAAUUGAUGAAACUGGAAAGCAGCUAAACCUCAAGACUAAAACAACAGAAAAUACCGGUGUCUGGACCGAAGAUGACAAGAAGAUCGCCAGUAUCGGCAUACAUGUGAGAAGAUCAAUCACAUCUCAUGGUGUUGCAAUUAAUGUGAACACCGAUUUGUCAUAUAUGAAAAGCUUCGAAAUGUGCGGCCUUCAAAAUAGCAGCCCAACUUCUUUAGUUGAUCAAACGGGAUACAACAAUAUUGACGUACAGCAAGUGGCCAUACAAUUUGCGAAGGAGUUUGCCAAAAUUUUAGGAAUUCAAAAGGUAGAAAGAAUACAGAUAACAGAAGAAGACGUCAAUGCAAUGCAAAGUAACUGA